CAGGGAUUGAUGAAAUGACAAUAGAUAUGAAAAGUAAGACGUUAACCAUUAUAGGGACAGUUGAUCCCGUAACCGUAGUGAGCAAAUUACGCAAGUUCUGGGUGGCAGAGAUAAUGUCAGUAGGACCAAAAGAGGAACCAAAAAAAGCAGAAGAACCAGAAAAAGUGGAGAAGGAUGAGCCUAAAAAGGAAGGAGAAGAAGAAAAAGAAGACAAGAAAGAAGAGACAAAAAAGGAAGAAGAGAAGAAGCCAAUGGUACCUAUAGGCAUGGUAUUUCAAUAUUGAAAGUUUUUUCCUUGGUCAUCAAUGGUGAAUUCAUUGGCAAGACAGAGAUGGACAACUCCCAUUACAGAAAAUUUCAAUUUCUCCCACGCCUCAUUUUUCAGAGCUAAAAAUUCCAAUGCAAACUCAUAAUGAAUUUCUCAACCCGAAUUGAUUAUUGAAGGAUAAUAUUGCAGACACUUUUCACAGACCCCAUUUAUGGGUAUGUUAUUGUUACAGUAAUGGUUACUGAAGGCUUAGAUUUACUGUAUUUUGAACAAAGCAAAAGAGAAAAGUGACGCUACCAUGAUGAUUUUGCUAUUA